AUGGCACCCCCUAUUAUCCGAACUCUAAUCUCAUUGUCUCUCAAUAAAUCACACCGCUUCGAAAACCCCUUUCCAGAAUCAAGACCUUCAUUUUCUUUAGCUGAUCACUUCAUUCAAAAACACAACUUCUCCCCUGAAAUUGCCGUCAAAACUGCAUCUUCCUUAACCAUUUUUAAGGAUCAUCGUAACUGUGAUGAUAUAAUUUCUUUCUUAAAAGAAAGUAGUUUCUCGAAAUCCCAUAUUGAAGAAACGCUCAAAAGGAAGCCUAACAUUCUAUCUUCUAGUCUUGAGAAAACAAUUAAACCCAAAUUCAAGAUUUUCCGAGAUUUGGAAUUUUCGACGGAUGAUGUUGCUGAUAUUAAGACGAUUAUGCCUAAUAUCGAGUACUUGAGAAGUUGUGGGAUUAGUUUGUCACAAAUAGUAUUCUAUGUUUUUAGAUAUCCCAGAUUUUUCUUGCAAAAAGCUGAGAGAAUUAAGCAGUUUGUUAAAAGGUCGGAUGACAUGGGAAUCGAUAGGAAGUCGAAUAUGUUUUUCAUUGCUAUUAGGACAUUGAGUUCAAUGAGUGAAGAGAAAUGGGAACAGAAGUUUAAGCUUUUUAGGAAAUUGGGCUUCUCUGAAGAUGAUAUCUUGUCUACUUUUAGGAGGACACCACGUGUUUACUGUAUCAGAAGGGAAGAUCAAGGAAAUCACUGA